UUUCGACCGUUUCUGAACCCUCUGAACUGAAUUUGAAACCGGGAAACAAAACAACGUGCGUGCUUAAAAAAUUUAAUCACAUUUCAUUUUGCAUUCAAUUUGUCAUCGAAUUUUCGUUACUGCUACAUCGUAAAUCGGUAUACAAAUUUUGCGAUGAAGAAUCUAUAUCGCGUAGCUCUUCAGAGCGUCUGCUUUGAGGGGCUCCCGUCAUCACCGAAUCACCAGCGCAGCCUGAUGGUAGUGGAUUCCAACAGCAACAAUCUGGUGUAUGUCGCCAUCGGAGCGACUGUGUACCGGCUGGACCGGACAAAUCCGUUAAAUCUGGAAGAAAUAGCGCUUCUCCCGGAAAAAGUGGUGGUCGCCGUUGAACAUUUGGCACUGAACGAUGAGCUUUGCUUGGCAACGAGUGCGGGUGAGGUGUUGGUACUGAAUUUGGGCCGUCCAACAGAGGAAGCGGAAGUGGUGACGUUUUGCGAUGGUGGACUGGAGGCGAUGAGUUGGAGUCCCGAUCAAGAGGUGGUGGUGUUUGUCGAUAGUAAUUUGAACGUAGUCACGAUGAAUAGCGCCUACGAUCCGAUUAACGAAGUGUGCCUCAAGGAUGAUACCUUCGGCGAUCGGGAGUUCAUGAGUGUUGGAUGGGGUAAGAAGGAGACACAGUUUCACGGAUCGGAAGGAAAGGGUGCGGCACGCAAGAAGAAAGAGGAAGCGGAAGUUGCGGUCGAUGUGAGCAAGAUCGAUCCAAAAGUUGAGAUAAGCUGGCGAGCGGAUGGAGAAUAUUUUGUUGUUGGCUUCCUGGGUCCCUUUGGGCGAGCUUUCAAAGUGUUCAGCAAAGAAGGUGCGCUGCAAUUUACAUCGGAGAAAUGUUACGGUUUAGAAGUACCAAUGGGGUGGAAGCCUUCCGGGCUGUGGAUCGCGAUUCCCCAGGUGCUGAAAGAUAAAUACGUCGUGGCACUGUUCGAGAAGAAUGGAUUGAAGCAUAGAGAGAUAGAUCUGCCAUUUAAGCAGGGAGAGGAAGAAGUCAAAGGCAUCUAUUGGAGUCACGACUCGGAAGUGUUGGUGAUUAGAACGCGUAAGACAAGCAGCGGAUUAAAUUGUUUGUACUUUUUCAUUAUCUGCAACUAUCAUUGGUAUAUCAAACAAUACCAAGAAUUUGAUCAGGAAAUCCUAGAAGUUCAAUGGGAUUUGAAAUAUUCUGAAGGACGAACGCUGCAUGUUUUAUUGGAGAAUGGUAAAUAUGAGGUAUCACGAUGGGAUUUUUCGGUGGAUCAUUCUACUGGAUUACAGAACACAGAUCAGUCGCUUGUGACAGUUAUCGACGGAGCUACGGUGUUGCUGACUAAUUUCCGAGGCGUAGUAACGCCGCCACCAAUGUGCGGUUUCACCCUAAAAGUUGACAAGUUUGUCAACUCUGUGAGUUUCCUACGAAAUGCAGAAGAACCAUUGAAUUCGAACUGUUUCGCUGUUGUUGACUUCAAUAAUAGGGUUAGCUUUUUCAAACCUGACUUCACGGACACAUCAGUUCGGCGCCUUACCGGUGUUCAAUUACUGGCCAGCCCAUUUGAAAUAGGCUCAGGGAUUUUUUCUCAUUGGCAAUGGUUGUCAAAUGAUAUUCUACUCUUCGUCGAAGGUUCCAAUCUUUUAAAGAUUCUCAAAGUCGAUUUAGUCAAAGGAGAGUUUAGUGUAUUGGAGUCGCUUACUGUCGGAUUGGAAACAGAUCGAAUUGGUUGUAUCGAGUCUAUCAAUGAAUCAUCCGCUUUUAUAGAAACUUUCACGGGCCAGUUGUACAAAAUAGAACUUAAGCCUUCAAUUUCUUUAAGCAAAAACCUCAAUCUGCCGGAAUUUUGCGAACAGUUGCGUGUUCAUCGCGUGGCAAACUGCACGCCCAAGCUCUUCUCGCUGCGAAAUCGUCAAAAUCUUUAUGCCGAUGGUAUCAAACUUGCUUCAGAUGUCACAUCGAUAUUCCUAACGGAGCGUUAUCUCCUGUUUACCACAAUUGUGGAUUUUAAGUUUGUGGACUUGCACACGAAUGUGAUUGUUGGUGAACGUCGCGUUGAACGUGGCUCUAAGCUUGUGGUUGUGGUACCCAAAUCAGCUCGUACUGUUUUCCAACUUCCACGAGGAAACCUGGAAGCUAUCGCGCCUCGAAUUCUUUCGCUUUGCCUAGUGGCAAACCACUUGGACGCUUUGGAGUACCUGAAGGCAUUCGAUAUACUUCGUAAAGAGCGGAUAAAUCUCAACCUAAUCGUUGAUCACAACCCUCGUUUGUUCCUGUCCAAUCUGGAUCGGUUUCUUGAGGAAAUCACAAAUGUUAACUGGUUGAACUUAUUCAUCAGUGAUCUACAGAAUCAGGAUGUUUGUAGCACCAUGUAUGGGAGUAAUUAUUUGAGUCGUGAGUUGAACGGCGCCAUCGAUGGAUAUCAGGUCGAAACCAAAUCGGAGUUUCUCUGCGAUCGUUUGCUGACGGCGUUAGAAUCGUCCAAUACAAACAUCAACUACAUGCUUCCGAAAAUCACUUGCUACGUGAAGAAAGGGAUGCUAGAACAAGCCCUGGAAGUAAUUUGGAAUCUCAAAAAAACACCAGGAAAAGGCGACGAUGCGGACGAAGCCCUUAAGUACCUUUUAUAUUUGGUGGAAGUCAAUGACCUGUACAACGUGGCCCUAGGAAUGUACGAUUUUGGAUUGGUCCUAUUCGUGGCUACGAAGUCACAAAAGGACCCCAAAGAGUAUCUUCCAUUUUUAAACGAGUUGAAGCGUUUGGACGAAAACUACCGCAAAUACAAAAUCGAUUGCCACUUGAAACGCUUCGACAAGGCGAUCCGGAACAUUGCUCAAUAUCAGAAUGACGAAGAAAAGUUCCAAGAGGCACUGCAGUUAACGAUCGCUCACGGACUGUAUGGUAAGGCAAUGGCUGCGUACAAAAGCAACGACAAAUACUAUCAGAAGGUUUGCUCCUGUUAUGGAGAUCACUUGAGGCAGAACAACAAACAAGUGGAUGCUAGUUUAAUCUACGAAAAGGCCGGUGACUUUCAACAGGCUAUUGCUGCGGCGAGGAAUGCAGCAGAUUGGAGGAGGUGCCUUAAUUUGGCAAUCACAGCGGGCUACAGCGAUGAUGAACUCCGCCGUCUAGUUCAGUCAUUGAUUCCGGCCCUUCAAGAGGGUGGAGAAUACGAAGCGGCUUCCAGAUUGGCUAAGGAUUACCUAAAAGACCAUCGAAUUGCUGUGGAGAUUCUCCUGAAAGACCAUCUGUUUGAUAAAGCACUGCUGGAGGCUUACCUCUGUGAUCGAACUCUGGUAGAUAGCCUUAUCCGUCCGAACUUGGAAGAAUAUCUGCAAAAUUUCUUGCUUAAAUUGGCCACAGAGAAGGAAGAAUUUUUGAAACACAAAACUCGACUUCUGCUGGUACGAGAGGAGAAAGCCAAAAAGAAGCUUGACCCACAACCUGACGAUGACGAUACCAAUCUGGACGACUGUGAUCUAUAUUCGGAAGUAUCAACAAUUGCCUCCUCGAGGCAAACGGCCAGCUCGGGACGUUCGGGUAAGUCUCAUCGCUCCAGCAAAAAUCGACGGAAGCACGAGCGGAAGCUGCUUAGUCUGAAGGAAGGCAACCCGUACGAGGACAUUGCUCUGGUCGAUGCUCUACAUGCGCUUGUCGUGCGCUUAUGCUCCGUGGAGCGACAGCGACAGGUGCGGUCCCUCUGCAAGGUGGCCAUCGAGAUGGAUUUCAUCGAUCAGGCUUCCCAGGUACAGAAAGAUUACGGCGAACUGUUUCACGUUGUCAAGUUCUCGCUGGAUGCCAUUUGGAUACCGGAAAUGGUGGUGCCCGGCAGCGGGCAGGAUGUUGAGGCGACAGCACAGGCUACCGGCAAUUUGGAGCUGGUACAGAAUGUGCAACACUACGCUAUGAUUAAACCGCAUCAGCGAUACAAGCCUGAUCUUCAAGUUGUGCCUUGGCAGUUUGAAGUGCUGAAGUAAGACAUUUGUUAAGUAUAGCAGAAAGGAAGUGAUUCAAUACAUAGUGAUGUAAAUUUUAAGAAUUAUGCGAC